GCGAAAUGAAACCUACUCGGGAGAAACCAGUUGCUUUCUUUUCGGCUGCAUGGAUAGCAUAUUACUCUCUCGGUCUAUGCAGUCUUCACCUCGUUAGAGAAGUGGGAUCCAUUCCACAAGGCUACGGCCAAGAGGAAGAGAGUAAAAGAGAAUGCAAUUCUAGACUGGACGAUACCUGCCAAACAUUAGCACAAGCUGAACACUGUGGGACCACGCCAUACUGCAUAAACUGCGUCUGGAAUACGGCCCUUGUACCGAAAGAUGACAUCGACAAGUGCCGAAUGUGUAAGGAUGAAAUGAUUGCCGGCAGCCGGCGUAAGGAUAAGUUAAAAUCCGUACUCGAAUAUGUUUGCAAAUUUCACGAAGAUCAGGAAGACGUCGACGCGUGCAUGGAGCUCGUGCAGGACCGCGAUUCUUCAGGCUUGCUGGGUGAAAUCAUCAAUCGGAACAUGACCGCGCACGACGUUUGCGGUCUGCUCGCCCUCUGCUGGGUCCUCUUUGAAGUUUGGGUGACCAAUGUGGACACAUCCUCUUCCUUUGAAAGUAGUGCGGCCGCCGUCCUGUCCGAAAGCAGGGGACCUGUCGCCAUGGGGGGGUUCCGUUUCAGGUAG